AUGCCCAAAGUUAAAGCAAAGGAGGUAUUACCUCAAAGUCAAGAAGAAAAUGAUGGGAAAGAAUCUGAUGAGAGUGAUGAAGAAGUGGUUGAGAUUAACAAUCCACAAAAGGAAGGUGGCAAAUUGAGGAAGUUCAUGGCAAAACUUAGCAAUCUCUCAAUAAAUAUCCCAUUGCUCGAGGCGAUCCAAGAGAACCUGAGAUAUGCUAAGUUAAUGAAAAAGAUGAUGUCCAAAAAGAAUCUUGUUGAAGGUGACACCAUUGAGGUCACUUAUGGGUGCAGUGCUAUCAUGGAUAAUAAGGUUAUGGAAAAUAAAGAUGACCUUAGAGCAUUCACUAUUCCUUGUACAAUUGGGACACAUGAGUUUGCAAAAGAUAUAUGUGAUGUUGACCAGUCCAUCAAAAUGCCGGUGGAAAUUUUGUUUGAUGUCCUUGUUAAAGUGGACAAGUUUAUACUUUCGGCAGAUUUCGUGGUAUUGGAUUGUGAAAUGGAGAAAGGAGUACCUAUAAUCCUUGGUCGUCCUUUAUUUGCCACCGGAAAAGCCACUGUCGAUUUAGUGAUGGGGGAAAUGAAGUUUAGGGUGCAAGAGUAUAAGGUCUCUUGCAAAAUUUGCAAGACAAAAAAGCAAACCGCGGAGCUUUAA